AUGGCGGCUACUGUGGACGAGGUUGCUCGAAAGAGAUUCGAAUGGCUCGUUGAUUUUUUCGAGAAGAGCAUCUGGGUGAUAAAUUGUGGAUAUCGCGGCAAGACAAUUCGUGCCCAUAACUACAUCUUUCCCCUAAUCUUCUUCAUAAGCACCUGCUUCAAUCUCGACUACGUACGCCUGACCUACAACAGUACGAAUCGCGUUCAAGCAAUCUAUACCAUCAUCUUCAUAGCUGUGCACAUGCAGUCACUUGGGAAAGGACUCAUGCUUGUAAUCAAUUACCACGAUUUUAAGAAUCUCUUUAGUGAAUUACGGAAAUUCUACACUGAAGGUGAAAAUGGGCUUGUGAAGGAAAUAAGGAUGCGUAACAAUGCAGCUCAUAUUCCAGGCAUAACUAUUGGAGUUUUCGUCUACUGCUCAAUGUUGUGGGGUGCUGAGAUUUUUCUUCAAUUCUUCAUCCGACGAAUGGGUGGUGUUGUUUUCCCGAUGCAGUACCACAUACCCUUUAUCAGUGAAACCAACCCCUGGUUCAACAUUAUUAACUACACAGUCCAGGAUUUCAUUUUUAUUGUCACCUUCAUAGCAAUCAGCGUGAGUGAUGGCCUAAUCAUCAUGAUUGCAUUCCAUUUUCGCAGUGAACUGAUAAGCGUAGCUGAGCUGAUCUCCAUCCUUGACGACGUCGAACAGUACAAGAAGUACAAAGAUAUCUUGCUAACAAUCCACCGAAUGCAUUGGAAUCUCGUUCAUUUAUUCAACUUUCUCUCCGAUGUUUAUUUCUACAUGUCCUUUGCGCAGGUAACAUCAACAUUUGUUGGAGCAACUUUCCUGUUGUACGCCGUUAUGGAUAAUGGACUCGAUGUUGCCAAUGGCGUCGUUAUUGCCGUUGUUGCCCUUCAAAUUCUUAUUCUUUGCCUCUUUGGGGAGAUUAUCUUUGUCAGAACCGAAGCUCUGUCGAAUCUUCUAUACCAAACCAAGUGGUAUGAGUUUACGCCGCGAGAUAAAUUGUAUUUCCUAUUUAUCCUUCAAAAUAUUCAGAAGCCAUGGGGACUGAAGGCUGUUGGUGUUAUUGAUGUAUCUCUUUACACAUUUAUUGAGUUGGUAAAACUCUGUGGAACCUACUGUGUUGUGUUUUACGCACUGGUCAAUCAAAACAGGCAAUAAGUAUUUUUAUUGUCGGGAAAAUCCAAUAAAUUUCAUU